UUUUUUUUUAUAUAAAAAUUUCUCUUUUUUCUCUUUCUCUUUCUUCUUUCUUUCCUUUCCUUUUUUCUUUAUAAAUAUAUUCGUGCUGGUUCACGUUUGACAUUUCUAUCAAAACUUUCUUUUUUUUCUUUAUUAUUGUAUAUUCCCCAACCCAUUCAUUACUCUUUUUUUUUUUAUUUUUACCCACACCAUUCUUUUUUUUUUAUCAUGAUCACAAAACACUCUUCCGAUAACAACAUGAACGAUAACACUACUAUUACUCGCCCAAGGAAACGAACUCACCUUACUGCUUCUCAAAUAGCCUCACUUCAAGCAUCAUUCAAUAUCAAUCCUUUACCUGAAUCUGCAGCUCGUCAUGGUCUUUCAUUGUCACUUGGUAUUCCUGAACGUACUGUACAAAUCUGGUUUCAAAACCGUCGUGCCAAAGCAAGAAAAAUGGAAGCUUUAGGUAUCAAAUCUUCUUCUGGUAUCAAGUCUAAUACUCCUGGUGGGUCAAUGACUUCUGAUGUUACUAUUGCUCCUACUUCUCUUCUUCCUACUCCUCCUCGUUAUCAAGCUACUUUCAGAACAAUGAUGACUCCAGAAAUUUUUGAAGAAAUGAAUGCUGGUAAUAUUCAAACAACAUCAACGACAUCAUCAUCAUCAUCAUCAUCAACAUUCAAUGGAAAUCGUCGUCGACCUCGUUCUGCAUCUAAACCUGAACAACCCAAACCAUCUGAAAUAAAAUUGGCUCCUCGUGCAAUGUCUGAAGAAAUGGAUCAACAACAUCUAGACUAUUCUUCUUCCUCUUAUUCCAAUCCUCCCACUCUUCCCAUUACAACCCCGUCUCGGACCUUGACUACCAUCCAAUCAGAUAUUGUAUCACUUCCUGUGCAUUUACUACGAAUUGGUACAUGGACUCGUCUCGCCAGUCAUGUUUCACCCAUCAAGGAUGAUGAAUUUGGACUUGUUUGUUACUUCACCAAAGACCAGUUGAUCUGGCAAAUUGAAACACAAGGUCAAAAAUUCCGUAUUCAAAUUCCCAAGGAUGCUAUUCAUCAACUUACUUUUGGCAAUAUCAUGGAUGACAAUGGUACAACUCAAGUCAAUAUUCAUUUGGAUCCUCAACAAUUAGUAUUUUCUAUGUGUCUUCAACAUCAAGAUGAAUGGGUACGUUGUGGUGAUUUUUCUGAAAAGAAACAAAUCAGUCAGCUGUUUAUACAUGAACUUCAAGGACAACAUGAUGCCUUACAACAAGCCCUUUUGGAAAUGAUGUCCAUUGUUCCUGAUUUGGCUUCCAAAUUAGUCUUCAUGCCCUCUCCUUUGUUGGAUGAACUUUGUCGUGAUUUUACCAUAUCUCCGUCUGCUACUCCUGAACCUUCUUUUGCCAUAGGUGAUCCUACUACUAUGAUGUAUCCAAAUCACUUUGCCUUGGAUAAGUCAAUGAUGUUACAAGCUCCCUUCUAUUAUCCCUCUCCUAUGAAUGAUCAACAGUAUUAUCAACCGAUGAUGAUGCUAUGAUUACUUUUUGGUUCAUCCUGUCUUUUUUUUUUUAAAAAAAAAAAAAAGUGAAAUGGUUACUUUGUAUUUAGUGUGUG